AUGGAUUUCCCAGUGCCGCUUUUCCGCAGGAGGAGGGAAAACAGCCCCACCAUGAAGGCAGCUCUCACCCUGCUCCUGCUUUUAGCCACCGCGCAUGCCGAGCACCGAGGUAGACCUUAUGUCCGGGACAAAGUCUGCCAGGAGUUCAAGGCCCUGGGGAAGGAGGACUUCCGAACCCUGACCAUUAUUGCCAACAGCAGGAAAUUCUCCAAUGCCACCUUUGAGGAGAUCAGCCACCUCGUUGGCGAAAUUGUCUCCCUGGCUGAAACCUGCUGUGCCGAAGGUGCAGACCCCUCCUGCUACGAUGCCGGGUCCUCAGCUCUGUCGGCCAAAUCCUGCAGCAAGGACUCGCCCUUCCCGGGUCACCCCGGCACGGCCAGGUGCUGCACUCAGGAGGGGCUGGAGCAGAAGCUGUGCCUGGCCGCCCUGCAGCACCCACCCCAGCAGCUGCCCCGCUACCUCCAGCCCUCCAACGAAGAGCUCUGCCAGGCCUUCAAGAAGGACCCCAAGGAUUUUGCCGACAGGUUUCUGCAUGAGUACGCCAGCAGCUAUGGCCAAGCACCCCUGCCUGUGCUCCUGGGUUCCUCCAGGACCUUCCUCUCCAUGGUCUCUACCUGCUGCAUCUCCCCUGCACCCACUGCCUGCUUCCUGAAGGAGAAACUGGAAAGGAAAACCCUCUCCCUCCUCACCCUGAUGUCCAACCGGGUUUGCUCCCGCUUCACGGCAUACGGGAAGGACAAAGUCACCUUCAGCUACCUCACCUCACUUGCUCAGAAGAUGCCCAGUGCUUCCUUCGAGGACCUUUUCCCCCUGGCAGAAGACGCUGCCGAGGUGUUUUCUGAGUGCUGCGACUCGGUGGCCGAGGACUGCAUGCAGAAGAAGUUAUCGGAGCACACGGCCAAAGCCUGCAGCACGCUGUCGGCCCAGGGCGAAAGGUUUGCUGACUGCUGCCAGGGGAAAAACCUCAUGCAGAACUAUUUCUGCAUCUCAGCUUUGCCACCAGCACCCGCCCCCAAACUGCCCGAGGCACAGAAGCCGCUGAACGAGCAGCUGUGUGGUGAGGAGGGGGCUCGCCACGCUGAGAGGUACCUGUUUGAGCUGGCGCGGAGACACACCGACGUCCCUGAUGCCUUCUUCAGCAAGCUGUACGACACCAGCGUAAAAGUCAGGGGGGAGUGCUGCUCUACCAAGGACACCUCUGCCUGCCUGGAUGGCAAGCGCCAGCGCAUGGGAGAAGAGCUGCCUCGCUUCCUGGCAAAGGCCAGUCAGCUCUGCGGGCAGUACAAUGAGUUCACUUUCCUUGACUUCAAGAAGAGGCUGCGGGAGAGCUUGACGCAGAUGAUGCCGGAGGCCAGCCCUGAGCUGCUGGGGCAGCUGGUGGAGCAACGAGCCGACUUCGCCUCCACUUGCUGCUCCCCCAAUUCACCCCCCCUCUACUGCACCUCCAAGGUGAGCUCGGAGCUGGGAGAGACGUGUGAUGGGGGGUCCUGCCUGCUGGGUUAGGUGCCCAGAGAUGAGCGGCUGGGGCAGAGGGG